CCUCACAGGAUGGACGGCAGCGAGACUUACAUGAACGUGAAGUUCACAAGCACGUACCCAGGGUCACCUUCUCGAGACGGUCUGACCUCCACAUACUCACAGCUGAACAUUGGGAAAGGCGAACCAAUCAUCGAUGAGGAUGAGGAUUCUCCCGUAGCCUCGGGACUCGGCGAUCUGCCAGUCACUGCACAGACAGACGGUUUCAGCGCCACCUACUCAGUGCUGAGGCUUCGGAAAGAAGAACGUCUCAUCGUUGAGAAUGAAUAUCCUCCCAUCGCCUCGGGACCCACCGAAAUAACAGUGACUACACACGCAGACGGGCUGAACUCCACCUACUCAUUUCUGAAACUUCCGGAAGACGAAUAUCUCGUGGAAGAGUAUGAAGAUCCUCCCAUUGCCUCGGGACCCGCCGGAAUGUCAAUGACUGCACAGGCAGGUCCGCAUAAACAUCAGCCGAAGGAGAACAUCGGAAAUAGACCGGAUCGUAAGAUCUGCCUGCUCUGCCUAGUUACGUUCGUUCUCUUCGCGACAGUGGUCGGGCUCUCGAUCCAUGGUGAGUCGAACGGACUCCGGUUGGAGUCAGACCGUAAGCUGGGAGUGUGGAAUAAAACAUGA